UCUAUGUUUCCUUUUGCCACCCAACUUCCAUUUGUGAAUUUCUCCAUCAAACUAAACUCUAAAAAGCUAAAACCCACUUCUCCAAUUUCACUCAAUUUUGUAGAUUUUCAAUAAUCUUUCAGUUUUUUAUCCCCAAAUCUAUCUGGGUAUAUGAAAAAGUAAAUAAAAAUCGAAUCUUUUUCAGCUGUGUUCUCCUCCAUCGCAUCAGCUAUUAUUUAUCUUGGAAAUUCCCUGUUAUGGAACUUGCAUUGGUCGAUGAAUUGGUUAUCCUGAGGUUGUGAUCUUGGUGGGUUGUCAUAUUGUAGAUAAACAAUCUCUGUAACGAAUUUUCACGGAUUCAAUGAACAAGACUGAUCAUGCACCUGAAACAACAACACUUAAAAUCAAGGCGUUCUUUGAAUCAGCUCCACCACUAAAAGAUGCUACUGAAAUAGAGACAAAAUUGAAGGAAUUUGUUGACCGGAAUUCAUCAUCAGGGAAUGGAAAAGCAAAUAGGGUGGUGUGUGUGACUUCUGGCGGUACAACUGUUCCUUUGGAGAAACGAUGUGUUCGCUAUAUUGAUAACUUUAGCUCUGGUCAUAGAGGAUCUGCUUCCACAGAGUACUUUUUGAAGGCUGGUUAUUCUGUCAUCUUUCUGUAUCGUAGGGGAACCUGCCAGCCAUUUUGCAGAUCACUACCUGACGAUCCAUUGCUCGAGUGUUUUACUUCAACUGAUGAUUUAAGUAUUCAAGUGGACCCAUCGCAUGCUGAAGUGGUGAAGAGAGCCAUUGCUGAAAAUCGUUCGGCAGUUAAUGGCGGUUUCCUGUUGAAAUUACCGUUUACAACAAUUUUCGAGUAUUUACAGAUUCUUCGGAUGAUAGCUGUCUCUUUAAGGAGCCUUGGUCCUAGUGCUAUGUUCUAUCUUGCAGCUGCAGUUUCUGAUUUCUAUGUACCGUGGGAGAGCAUGACGAUGCAUAAGAUCCAGUCAGGAUCUGGUCCUUUGGACAUGCGGCUUGCUCAAGUACCGAAGAUGCUUUAUGUUCUUAGAAAUGAGUGGGCACCAGUGGCUUUCUGCAUAUCUUUCAAGCUGGAGACAGAUACAGAUAUCCUUUUAGGGAAGGCUGAUAUGGCCCUCAAAAAGUACAAGAUGCAUAUGGUGGUAGCUAAUGAACUUCAAACUCGUAAAGAGGAAGUUAUAGUUGUCACAGAGCAGGAAAAAAUCACAGUUCGUAGAGACACAACUCAGCCUGGGGCUGAUGUCGAAGAUCCAUUGAUUAAGCUUGUUGUGGACAGACAUUCAGCAUACAUCAAUGCAUGAUCUCUUCUGAACCUGACUUCUUUGAGGAAUUGUAUUACAUCUGUGCAACAAUUAGGUAACCUAUUGAUGAGUCUUUUCUUUUUCUUGUUGAAGAAUUAAGUUUCGUGCACGAAUAAGGCGCUGUAUUACUGAAUAAAUUAGUAAGUUAUGUUCUUCAGUGUUGGCUCUGAUUCUUGCUGUUCCCAUGUAGAAGUUAGCAGAGCACCAGUUACUCCUUUUUCUCUGGGCAUGAUGUAUUUCUUAAUGAUACCUGUUUAUAA